CCUUAAAAAAAUAAGCGUAUAAAUUUUGCCUUUCUUUAUCUGGACUCUUCCAUGGCAUUUUCUUAAUCUAUGGCAACGAGUCACAGAGGAUUGGCAACUCAGUUUGAGUUCAACUUCGCCAAGCUAUAUUUCUCCGAUGGAUUGGCACCGACUAAAGAACGGAGAAUAUGCUUUCGGCGUGAUCGGCUUUCCACGUUGAGUCGAAUCAGUUGCUGCUGCUCCGACUCCUUGGUCCCAAUCCGGGGAGCCAACGGUUCAGGCAGUGGCAAUGUGACGAAGGGGGAGAACCGGCGGUUCGGUUCCAAUAAUAGCCUUCACAGGGUCCGAAUUCUUGCCUCUCCUGUAAUGCCGUGUGCUUCGGCUCAAUCUCGUUUUCCUUCCAAAAACCAAAAGUUCUACCGUCAGUGUACUCCUCGAAAUUCCGGUCCUCAGUCUCGUGAUACUCCACCAACAAGAGACACUGGUAUUGCAAAUGAGGAGGACUGGGGCAUUAGCCUGUUAAAUGAGAAUUUUAAGGAGUUCGGCACGAAUGAAGAUGGAAGUACUUGGUAUCGAGAAAGUGGUGAGGACCUUGGUGAGAGUGGAUACUGGUGUAGAUGGACAAGGAUGGGUGGUAAAUCCCUUGAUGGAUCCUCUGAAUGGAUGGAAACGUGGUGGGAGAAAAGUGACUGUAAUGGAUACAAAGAGCUAGGUGCUGAGAAGUCAGGAAGAAACCCUGAAGGAGAUUCAUGGUGGGAAACUUGGCAAGAAUUGCUUCAUCAAGAUGAAUGGAGCAAUUUAGCAAGGAUAGAGAAGAGUGCACAGAAGCAAGCUAAAAAAGGUAGUGAAAAUGCUGUUUGGUAUGAGAAAUGGUGGGAGAAGUAUGAUGCUAAAGGGUGGACAGAGAAAGGGGCACACAAGUAUGGUAAGCUGAAUGAACAGUCAUGGUGGGAAAAGUGGGGAGAGCAUUAUGAUGGAUGUGGAUCUAUUGUAAAAUGGACAGACAAAUGGGCUGAGACUGAAGUGGGAUCUAAAUGGGGAGAUAAGUGGGAAGAGAAGCUCUUUGAGGGUAUCGGUGCACGUCAAGGGGAGACAUGGCACGUAUCUCGGAGUGGUGAACGUUGGUCGAGAACGUGGGAUGAGGAACAUUUUGGAAACGGGAAAGUUCACAAAUAUGGGAAGAGCACAACUGGUGAAAGCUGGGAUUUAGUUAUUGACGAGGACACAUAUUAUGAGAUUGAACCUCAUUAUGGAUGGGCAGAUGUGGUGGGCGACUCAACCCAGUUGUUAUCGAUCAAACCUCGGGAAAGGCCGCCUGGUGUCGUCCCAAAGCUUGAUUUUGGGGCAUCGCUUCCUCAAGGUGAUGAACAAAUCUGAUUUGAUUUUGGGGUAAUCAU